AUGGGAGCAACACUGCUAUUAGAGCAUCAAAUUCACCGGCUCGACGGCGAUCGCCACGGCCGCGACAGUCACCCGGCGAGCCCGGAGGAGCAUGAGGCCGUGGCGGCUGCCCUGACCGCGAGCUCCAUGGAAGACCGCGACCUGGAAGAAGAAGUUGAGGCAGGGGUUGCCGGAGUCGGCAUAGGUGGCGGAUCGAAUCGUUCUCGGCUGGUGGCCUUCUCUGCAUCCACGGGAAAGCCUGCCGCGAAGAAGAGCCUAAGGAUGAAAGGGAAAAGUGGACCGCAUGAGAUUCGGCGCGUGAAGCGCAACUUCCUACGAGAGACGCUGGAGAACGAGCUGCCGGAGGGCACCAUCAGGUUCUCUUCCAAGAUCGUCUCGACUGGGGAAGAUAGCAACGUCAAGCUCCUACAUUUGGCCGAUGGUUCAACGAUAGGUGCUGAUCGGAUGCGACGGCGUGAACUCGGUGGUGGCGAAGUGGCUUGGCCUGCCAAAGCCAAUCCUCUCAGGGCGCUCGGCCACCAGGGGCCUCGCCGAGUACCCGACGGCGACGCGGAGGAGAGCGUGGCCAAGAUGCGGAGCUACGUGCUGGCGAAGGCGGCGAGGAUCCCGGCGCCGCUGAGGUUCCGGUCGCCGCUCGCGCUCGUCCGCGGCAGCAUCAGCAGGGGCAACGUCUGCGUCGCCGGCGACGCCUUCCACCCGACGACCCCCGAGCUCGGCCAGGGCGGCUGCGCGGCGCUCGAGGACGGCGUCGUCCUCGCCCGGUGCCUCAGCGAGGCCUUCCUCGCCGACGGCGCCGAGCACGACCCGGGGUACGAGGCCGUCACGGUGGCGCUGGAGAAGUACGCCGAGGAGAGGCGGUGGCGCGGCAUCCGGCUGAUCACGGCGGCCUACGUCGUCGGCUUCAUCCAGCAGAGCACCAACCCGGUGAUCAAGUUCCUCAGGGAGAAGUUCUUGUCAGGAUUGCUGGCAAAAACUAUGAUCGCCAUGGCUGAUUACGAUUGCGGAAAGCUAUGA